AUGCCGGUGUUUGCAGAUCACUCUCAAAGCGAAGAUAAGAUAUCCAUAGCCUCGGAUAGCCGCUCACCUUGGAGCGUCGAGGUAAUGGAAGGCAGUGGGGCGCGGGUGGCGGUGCUGGGGGACACGAUCAAGCAUUUCCCUGCCGGCCAGCUGUCUGCCUUUGACAUUUCGGCCGCCAGUGUCUCCAAAGAGGAUAUUCAAGUUCAUAUUGUCAGUCCCGCAAAGCGCCCAGUGUCGUACCAGCUAACGGAAAGCGGCGAGGGCGUGUACCGCGUGGCCUUCGUGACGACGGAGGUGGGGUCGUACGUGGUGGACGUUGCGGUGGCAGGCCAGAAGGUCCAGGGCUCGCCCUUCAUUGCCAAAGCGUACGACGCAGGGCUCAUUAGGGUCUCUGACGUGCCCAACGGAGUGGUCGGUCAGCCAUGCCAGUUCAGAGUGGACGCCUCUCAGGCCGGUGAGGGGCAGUUGGAGAUCAGCAUCAACGACGGGGAGGUGCCGAACCACGUGCAAGUGCUGGGCGGGGGACGCUGCCUCGUCUCAUUCACGCCAGACACAGCCAAGUUGCAUACCAUAGAUAUUAAGGUUCGUUGA